UGAUUCCGUGCUUUUUCCUUUGCACUGCAGGUUUGAAGUGCUUUCACAAUGCUGCAGGUCCACGUUUGAAGAUCUCUCGCUGCAGUUUUCACUCUAGCUGAAAGCUAUACAGGCAGCAUCAUCUUAGCUGCUGUUCCUCCUGCUGAUACGGAGGAGUCCAGGGAUUUGGACGGAUUAAAAAUGAAUGAACAUCCUAAAAAGAGGAAAAGGAAGACUCUGCAUCCUUCUCGAUAUUCAGAUUCUUCAGGUGUAAGCAAAUACAUAGACAACAGUGGAAUUUUUUCUGAUCACUGCUAUAGUGUCUGCUCUAUGAAGCAGCCGGAUAUCAGGUAUUCUGAUAACAGAGGUAGAUACCACAGUCCUGCACAUAGUUUAGAUACUGAUGAUGAUGGGAGUCCAGUCCAUGCUGGGACUUCUCAGUGGAGUGGGUCACAUUCAAAUGCUGUGGGGAUGCACUAUACGGACACCAAAAAAAAAGACAAAGACAAAGCUAAUAAUGGAAUGUACAAGGAUAUAUGUGAUUCACCUAUAUUCAGUGACAGCCCUACGGAAGAGGAGAAACCGCUUGACAUUCAAACUGUAGAAAUUUCUACAACAGAGGUUAAUGCUGUAGAAGUUCAUGAUAUAGAAACGCAAACUGUUUCACCUGAGAAGCUAGAAGCUGAGGACCUCGAGGAAAUCCCUGUAGAAACCUGUAAAAUCUUUGAGAAGAACCAGGCUUUGAAUAUCACAGCUCAACAGAAAUGGCCCUUGCUGAGAGCCAACAGCAGUGGCUUGUAUAAGUGUGAGCUCUGUGAGUUUAAUAGCAAGUACUUUUCUGAUCUAAAGCAGCACAUGAUCCUGAAGCACAAAACCUGUGCAGACACUCAUGUCUGUAAAGUUUGUAAAGAGAGUUUCUCCAGCAAAGUGCAGCUCAUCGAACACGUAAAACUACAUGAGGAGGAUCCGUACAUUUGUAAAUAUUGUGAUUACAAAACUGUAAUAUUUGAGAAUCUAAGUCAGCACAUAGCAGACACUCACUUCAGCGACCACCUUUAUUGGUGUGAGCAGUGUGAUAUGCAGUUCUCUUCGAGCAGCGAGUUGUACCUGCACUUCCAGGAACACAGCUGUGACGAGCAGUAUUUGUGUCAGUUCUGUGAGCAUGAAACAAAUGACCCCGAGGAUUUGCAUAGCCAUGUGGUGAAUGAGCAUGCGUGUCGACUGAUAGAGUUAAGUGACAGCUAUAACAAUAAAGAGCGUGGACAGUAUAGUCUUAUAAACAAAAUCAGCUUUGACAAAUGCAAAAACUUCUUUGUAUGCCAAGUGUGUGGUUUUAGGAGCAGGUUGCACACAAAUGUGAACAGGCAUGUAGCUAUUGAACACACCAAAAUAUUCCCUCAUGUUUGUGAUGACUGUGGGAAGGGCUUUUCAGGUAUGUUGGAAUAUUGCAAGCAUUUAAGCUCUCACUUAUCUGAAGGGAUUUAUUUGUGUCAAUACUGUGAAUAUUCAACCGGACAGAUUGAAGACCUCAAAACUCAUUUGGAUUUCAGGCACUCAGCAGAUUUACCUCAUAAAUGUACAGAUUGUUUAAUGAGGUUUGGAAAUGAAAAAGAUCUUUUAAAUCACCUUCAGAUACAUGACACAGUUUGAUUAAUGUUCAUUCCCUGUAACUGAUUUGCUAGAAUUGGAAUUAUUUCCAGCUGGUCACUAAAUUUGAAAUUAAAUGCAAUAUACAGCAGUUGUACAAUGGCAAAUACUAAUGUUUUGCUCUUUAUAUCAACAAAACAACUUGGCGUUGGGAAUUUUCUUACCUGGGGAUUUCUGUAGGAAAUAACACUUAAGAGUGUGAUGGAUCAGAUACAGGGGGGGAGGGAGGGAUGGUGGGAGUAGUUGCAUGUUGUAAUAGCAGUUCUGAAGGGCAUCCUGUAUUUUCAUGUUUAAUGUGCAGCUCUGAAGAGUUAAACAGGGACAAAGCCAACAUCGUUUCAUGCUGAAGUAACUUACCAUAGUGUUCUCCCUGCUGCUGAACUCAUGUUGCCCUCUGCAGCAGCAGAUUGGUGUGUUUAUGUUUAGCAAACAGCACUGCCCUGCUAAAGAUAAGUGUGCUCUGAAAAUUCUCAGGCAUGCAAGUCUCCCAAAUUCACAUGUGGGGCUGCCUUUCCCACCCCUACUUUCGGUAGCUUCUCAAAAUUGGCCUGUUCUGUUGGAGUAUCUAUCUUACCUCAUCAUUCAGUUGCUGUCUUUUGUUUUUAAUUUUGCCUCCUAUCUGUUGAACCACCUGCAAUACUCUCUACUUCCUCAUCAAUUCCCACACAUUUACUACAUGCUUCCCACGUGGUUUUUGUUUCCUUUAGCUUCCUCUCUUUCUUUCAAGCAUCAGUGAGACAUGCUGCUUGUUUAUAGAUUGGUUGUGUUUUAAGGAGCAAUUGUAAGGGAAUUUACCAGAUGAUCCAUCGAGAAUGUACAAAGCCUGUGAUCUUCACAGAUCAUAAAGUCUUAAUAUAGUUCUCACUAAAAGUGUGUGCGUCACCAACCUCUUUUAGAGCAAGACUGUUAGUUUAUAGCAAUUCUGUAACUUUGUAAUUAGCUUUCUACCAAUGAUAACUGGAGGACAGUUAUUUUAAUUCUGUAAAUUUUAAACUUUUCCCAUGUAGUGGUUUAAAGUACUGGCAUGUUACAAAAAUUCUGUUCAGUCAUUUUCAAGUAAUUUUGCACAUCACAUCCAGUAGUGCUAUCUUUAUAUUAUAAUCUUUAAAAGUGAAUUUUUAAGCUUCCGUUGGUAGCUGUAUUUCUGAGUGACUGAUGCCUAGACUGAUAAUAAGGAUGAAAUAAUUUAGAUUGUGCUAGUUACUGGGGUGAAAUUACCCCUAGAUCAGUGGUGGAGUUUACAUUUCUUUCUGUAUUGACUGUAAAUUUGUAAUGUAAGAUUGUGUAAUGCAACCUUUGUAUAAAUAUAAUUAAUGUAGAAAACAUUUCUUGAGCAAAUGAGAUCUGAUGUUAGUAGUAGCAAAGUAUUUAAGAGUCUGCAAUGGAUUUUUAAAGUUAGGGAUAAAAAUUGGCUGAGUACCAUCAGCUUAAGGAAGUU